AUGACGAAUCGACAAUACUCCGACUGGUCAUCAGCUCCAGCAUUGACCACACAUGGAAGUCAUUCAUCGAUCGAACGCACUGUCUGGACAGAAGAUGAUAAUGAUCGAAUUAAUCAAAAUAAGACGUCCUCUACCUGGUGUUAUUGUUUUAAAUACUGUAUUGUUGGAUCAUUAAUCGCUAGAAUAGGUUUAGCUAUUAUACUCACAUUCUGGUUGACAUCAAAAACAGCAGGAACCGAAACAUUAAUUGUAACAACAUCAUCCCCUAGUGCAUCAAAUAGCUUAUUUGCAUCAACUUCAAUUUCUGCUUCAUCCAAUACGCCAUUAGCAUCAGCCUCAAUUUCUGCUUCAACCAACACACCAUCCGCAACAACAUUACCUUCAUCAUCUUCAUUAGCAUCAAUAUAUGAUGCUAGUAAUGUUCAGCUACUAAACAAUGGAGAUUUUUCUGCGUCAUCUGGAUCAACACCAACAAAUUGGGUUAAAUGUCCAGAUUUCGGACAAGUUAAUUCUACAUGUAAUGCCAUCACUUCUGUUGCAUGUUAUAUCAUCUCAACUCAGGGUGGUUCAAUUUCGCAGUCGUUCUCAGUCGUAUCUGGUACAAAUUAUACUGUUGAAUUUGAUCUCUAUCAUGUUUCUACAGUUGGGAAUGCUGGAGGAUUCACUUUAGAUGUCGCUGCUGUCUGA